AUGUUUUCUUCAAUGCACUACCUGCAGUCGGUGGAAGACAGAGGCGAGUUCAGCGUUCCGAGCUGCUAUGGGAAUAUUAAGCAUGACAACGGUGGGUCUAGCCUUACUUUUGAGCACCCGCUGGAUGACGUCAACGUGGUUGACUUGAAAUGGAUCCAUGACUUUGUGUUGAAAUCCCUGGAAGUUUUAUACCAAGUGGAGAAGUGGGAAACACUGGUGUCACUUGCCAUCCAGUUCAACGCAGUUUCACACGAGAGGUACACAGAGCAGGUGACGCCACUCCUUGUGUUCGCGCAGCGCCAGCUUCUCCUGAGAGUCCUCAAGUUCAAGGGCCCAGAUGUUGCUCAGCAGGCGUGUGCACGGUACGAGGCCGAGCAUGGGGAGAAGAUAACCUGCCGAAAUUUUGUUGGGAAGCAGCUGAAGAUUAAUUCCUCAGCCACUGAGCUAAUAGACCCAGGAGACGGCGCAGACUUCCUGAGAAAGCUCAUCGACGCAGAAUACAGCCAUGCCAAGGCGCUGGUCUGUGUGCCCGUGGACGUGACCGACACCUUGAGGUGCUUCAGAGAGACGCUGGAAAAAUCCAAAUACCACAGCCGAUCAAUCCGACACAGCAGGAAGUUGCUUUCGCUAUUGCUUGCACAGACACAAGAUGUCCUCCAGGCCAGCAAUCAGAGAAGCCUGAAAGUCCAGGCACUGCACACCCUCGGGAGCCUUCUCAUCUUUGCGGGGAAGAACAGGGCUGCUUUCAAGUGCUGGUGUCAAGCUCUCGAUGACAUCUUCAGAAAGCCAGACGUGCUGCAGACCUGGAAGGAGCUGGGCCCGGCCCCCGCCAGCACCGCCAGCAGCCGCACGGUCCCGGGUUCCCGGGACUACAGCGAGGCGUUCCUGUCGAUGGUCGGCAUCUGGGGCUGCCUGCAAGGAGCUGUUGUGUCGGCCAAGAUAGCCCAAUUUAUAAAAUCAUUGGAUGUUGGAAAGAGAACUGACUGCUGCCUUUUGUCUGCACUACUCUUUCAGGGCCUGCUCAGAACCACGCUCCCACACCCCACCGUGGAGCGCUCCUACGCGCAGUAUGAGGUCAGCCAACUCCUGCCUGGCCUGGAGCUCUUCUCCGACAGGUUCCGGGCUGACCUCUGCUCUGUGGUCGCGAGUCUGUAUUAUGUGAUCCGUGAGCUGCACUUUGUGAAGCAUGAUCUGAUCGUUCUGCCUCUCCUUGCAUUGUACCAAUAUUUUGUUUCUGGAAUUUGCCAAGACCUAGUCAGGAGCCUAGAAGCAAGACUCCUCAAGGUAGAAGUUCUUACAGAUUUGGGAUUCUUUUCUGAGGCCUUUCAUGAGCUGUCCCAGAUUUUUUAUGGAAGAAACAUGCCCUGUGCAAUAUCCACUGGCUGCAAAGCUACUGGGAAAACGAAGACACUUCAAUCGUUUGACUCAGGAAAACCUCUUAGCAGUAAAGAAAAUAUACAGGCCCUUGAUGAAUUAAUAAAUAAAAACAUGCCUCUAACCCUGAUGACAAUUGGCCAGCAGCACCUCUUAAAUAAGUUUUAUUUUGUUAAAGCAUACUUUUUCAUCAGUGUGGCUGCAACAAUAAAUUGCGUCCCAGACAGCGCAUCGAGAAUGCCGUAUCUCGGACCUCUUGCCGACAGGAACAGACCCAACCUCCAGAGCUUGAAAGAGCUGUAUUCCAAGGAGGACAGGGGUUCAUUCUGCCAGUUCACCAGAGCCAGGAAUGAGUCCAUCCUGAGCACCCUGAAGGCGGUCUUGCUGACAGAAGCUGAAGAGCAACUCAACACCCUGGUGUCAGAGCUGGAGCAGCCGGGGUGUGGGAGUCUGGCCAAGUGCACCGCCAGGGAGCUGGAGGUUAUGGUGCGGGCCCAGCUACAACUGGCUGCCGUGGCCCUGCAGAGACACCGUGCGGCCUACAGUGCGGCGAUAGUAUACUCCACGCUCAGACUUCUCCAGGACUCAAAACUUUUUUUAAAGAAGGGAGUGCGAGAUGUCACAGAGAAUCCGCUCUCGCCAGGAGCUUCUGCCGCUGAAAAUAAAGACGACCCGGAGUUUUUAGACCCCAUCUCCCUGAAUGCCCGCGAGUACUUCAGCAUCCACCUGUGGCUGAGGUGCCGCCUGGCGCUGGUGACGGCGUUCAUUGCACAGAUCCGUGGCAUUGGAAUCGUGAAAGAGGACGACGUGACCGACUGCAUGGGCCUCAUCAAGGAAGUGUGCUCGGAGGCCAGGGGCGCCGGCGACGCAGAGCUGCAGGCCGAGCUCCUGACGCAGGCCGUGGUCCUCGGCCUGCAGGAAAAGCACCUGAAGGCGGACAUCACGGGGCACCUGCAGGAUGUGAUACAUUUGCUUGGAGGGCGUGAGUUUCUUUCUCCUCAGUCAUGGUUGACCCUGGCGAGGAGCCUCGUUUUGCUGGAUGACUUGACCAAGGCCGAGAGACUCAAGGAAUCGCCCCCUUCAAAGGCAGAAAAGUUGAAUUUGCUGACUCGGGCUCACAGCAUUCUCACUGAGCAGAUGCUCACUUUAGGAGAAACCAUUGAAUCUCCUUUAUCAGACACUGAAUAUGCAAGUCCGCUACAGCCUCUCAAGAAUGUCUACCUUCCUCAUGUCAUGCUCUUGGCCAAGAUAAAGAUGAGGCUUGGACACACGGUGGCCAAGCAGGUGUACGCCCGCCACAGAGGGAGGGAGCCCUCCCAGUGGCUCCCAGCCAUGCGCCUGCUGGAGACAGCAUGGAGGCUGUGCAAGAUGGCAGCGGGGCAAGAGCCGGAGGUGGAGGCCGAGAUCCUCUUCCAGAAAGGCAAAAUAGAACGUCAGAUGCUGAUGGAAGAGAAAUCCCCGAGUUCACAGCUGGAGAGUUUUUACGGAGCCAUACAGCUCAGCCUGAGAAACGAUCAGAACUCAGGAUUGAUAAGAGAUGCCUACCUAGAAAUGGCCCUGUUGUAUUUUCAUCUGAAGAAGCCAAAGAGAAAAACUUCAGGACUACCAUCCACACCUAAGCCUCUUCCCAGAAGGCACAGCUCUCUGAGAGACACCGCGGCGAGUUGCCUUGAAAUGUACAGCACCCUGGCCUGGAUCGCCAUCAGGGCGGCCGCGCAGGUCAGCGAGGCUGUGCUGGCCGUCAACCUGUUGAUUGGAAGGAAGAACACCCGAGAUGACAAAAUUAACCAGUUGGCAUUAUCCAAUGUCCCAGAAUUCGCCAUCCUGGAUCUUCUGUCUUCAUACACGGAUUAUUUGCUUGAUAACUACCAAGUUGCUUUCCAGACUUACUAUCCGAGCUUGCACCAAAGCGAGGACGUGUGUGAUGGCACCAAUGCCGGAGGGAAGACGCAGAGCAGAGCGGAUGUGACGUGGGUCCUUCUGCUGCGCUACCACCUCCACCUGCAGAGGACCAACAGCCUGGGCAAGCUGCUGGCUUCUGCCACGCCGGUGUCUGGACUCUCUCUGCCGGAUGACACAAUCCUCACAUCCCUCUUCAACGCAGAACUGAUUUUGCGCCAGAAAGAAGUGCAUUUUUUCCUCAAGAAAUUCUUGCAGCUGUAUUCCUCUUCCUGUAUUGAGGCGUUUCCAAAGGAGCUUCUGCAAGGGCUGGAAAACCUGCCUCUUUCAGAAAAAGACUCGUGUGAGUCGUCAGUCCAGUUUUGUCGCGACAGCUUGUCCUACUCCAGCUCGUCUUGUAAGCUCACUUCCAGCCCAUCUAACGUGGAUGUGUCGUCAGAAAUGGCAACACAAGCGUCCAACAGCGAGCUCUGUUUUCAGUGGUACAUUCCUCCCCUGGACAGGCCUCCGAAGGAGACAGAACCUCUGGUCCUGCUGCUGUAUGCCUGCAACCAGAAGCCCCUGCGCAUCGUGGACGUGGGACGCCCCGUGGGCGACAGCCUGCGCGUGGGCACCCUGUGGCUGUCGCUGUCCAGAGUUAUUUCCAUUCACGAGAAGCUAUCUAACCUUGUACAAAUAGCUGAACUAUCAUUGCCGGCAACUCCCGAAAUUGCAAGUGAGAACUUGACUGACAUGGAAGAAACAGAAGAGAAAUCAACUGAUAAAGAACUGGAAAACACGAUCGCCCAGUGCUGCUCCGAAAUUGUGGCCCUGCUUUCGGAUGGCAGAGAGUCCGUGCCACUCUGCGAGGUCCCGUUUGAUGUCUCGCUGCCAAAUAUAUUCAGCCUGGAGAGACUUUUUGAUCUUGCAAACGGCUGCGUUGUGCCGGGAGGAAGCCUUUUUGACUGGAUGGUGUCCAUCGUUCCCUGAACAGUCUUUAUGCGGGAGCCUUGUAGAGGGUUUCAUUGCUACUGGUCUCUGGUCCGAAAUAAGAUUCUGGACCUGUCCUCUUAUGGCAACCAAAAUGAAACUGUUUUGUUGCACAAGCUACAUUUUUUAAACUGUAAUUUCAAGAAAUGUUUUACAUUGUGUUUGGAUUAAAUGAGAGUGUUGAUGCCUGCUAGCCUCUCUUAGGAAAUAAACGUGUGCCUAGGGCAAAGUGGGGAAUCAGCCCAAGUUCCUUAAGCUUUCCUCUCCUCAUCUGUCGAACGGGCAUGGUGGCAUCCAGCUCGUGGGAUCCUUGUGUGCAUCACACUGAGCGGGUGCUGAGGUGCCCAGCACGGUGCCUGCUGUCAUGACAGAGUGCUGGGAGCAGAGGCCUGUGCGUCUCUGACAUUGUCUAGACCCUAGCAGGCCACACACGAGUGCUUCCCAGAUGCCGGUCCAUUCACGGAUACGCAUGGCUGAAAAAAAUGCCACAAACAGGUUUGCCUAAAGCCAGAUGGGCUUAAUGGGUUGCCCUUUAUUCCGAGAUUAAGAAUUUCCUACUUCCUACAGGGGUCAAAAAAGGCAUUUUUCUGUGAAGCCAUAAUAACAGUGGCUGGUAACUGGCAUUUUAAAAUAGUCUCACUUGAUAAUAAAAGAAAAAAUAUGGCA